AUGGCGGCGGCGCCCACGGCCUCCUUGCCCGGCGGGUGCCCCACUUCCGUGAGGCUGCCGCGGUCGCCGCCGCUCAAGGUUCUGGCGGAGCAGCUGCGGCGCGACGCGGAGGGCGGCCCGGGCGAGUGGCGGCUGUCGCGGGCGGCGGCGGGCCGCGGGCCGCUGGAGCUGACGGCCGUGUGGAUGCAGGGCACGGUGCUGGCGGCGGGCGGCGGCGAGGCGCGGCUGCGGGACCCGAGCGGGGCCUUCUCGGUUUGCGGCCUGGAGCGGGUGCCGCGCGGGCGGCCCUGCCUCGUCCCAGGAAAGUAUGUGAUGGUGAUGGGAGUGGUUCAGGCCUGCAACCCUGAGCCAUGCCUGCAGGCUGUGAAGAUGACAGAUCUUUCUGAUAAUCCUCUCCAUGAAAGCAUGUGGGAGCUGGAAGUGGAAGAUUUACACAAAUAUUCCUUAGAGGAUGUUGGAACUGUCGAUAAAAACAACCGAAAUUCAGAAACAACUUAGGUUCUUAUACCGUAUGGAUUUCAUGGACAUCACUCAAUAUGUAUUUCUCAAAAGUUUAUCAGAGAGCUUUGCUCCGAGGAGUCUGGAUGUAAGAUUUCUAAAUGUUGGGACACUCCAGUGAACUCAGCCCCUGCUGCCCCUUGCUUUGACUGUUUGCUGAUGAAAAGCAGAUGUUUUGUUCUCUUUCUCUUUUUCUCUCCUUUUUUUUUCUUUAUGUGUGUUAAUUCUCUCUCUCUAAAGCACACAGAAAUCUCAUGUUGCAUUUUCCAGGUUUUACAAGUGAUGAUACUUUUUCCAUUACCACUGCAACCCUACUUUACGAGGCAGAAUUUGAACCUCAGUCAUUGUCCGCAGAGAGUAAAGUGUGUGGUUAUGGGCAGGAAAAGAGGCUGCAUAAAAAAGGAAUGACCUCACGGCUCCGCAGUCUUCUCCAUCAACAGCUUCCGUAUCCAGUUUGCAAGUCAAACGGCAUUUUCUAACUGCAGGCACUGGGGCCUCUCAAAGACACGGCCCUCUUUCUGCUUCAGACACCACUCAGCCCUAAAUGUGUAAGGUCCAUUCCCUGCAGAUGUGGAUGAUGAUGUCUGCCCUUCUUCCUUCACUUAGGGCUGUUGAAACACUUUCAGAAUUUCUUGUUGAAACUAAAAAUCAAGACUAAGAACAACUUCCAGGCAUGAACUAAACUUCUGCCUCAUAACUUUUGGUGAGACACUGUGAGGGGGCAGCCUCCUGGUUAGUCUUUACGUUGUUUUUGGUAGGGAAUGUCCUUUUGUCAUGAUUGUGUUCAGUGUUGGGUGGCUGCUCUUCACUUCCUACACAGCCUUCACUUUGCCUUAGACUGUAAAUAUCAAGGGGGUCAGGUUAUGUUCCUCAUUGCUAUGGAGUUUUGCUGGAUUAUUUAUCUCUACCACUAGUAAAUUGUUUUCUAUGCCGUAUUUUUUUAAAUAGAUUUUAUUUUUUAGGCAGCUUAGAUUUCUAGAAAAAAAAAAAAAGAGCAGAACCUAUAGAGAUGACCUUUACAUGCCCUCCCUCAGUUUCCCCUGUUAUUAACAUCUUGCACUGGUGUGGUACCUUUGUUAAAAUCAAUAAGCCAGCAUUGAUACGUUAUUAUUAAGUAAAGUCCAUUGUUGACUUAGGGGUCAUGCUUUGUGAUGUACAAUAGGCAUAAUAUCAUGUAUCCACUAUUACAGUAUCAUACAGAAUAGUUUUGUUGCCCUAAAAGUCCUCUGUGCUCCACCUAAUCAUCCUUCCCUCCGCUGUAACCGCUGGCAACCACUGUUUUUUUCUACUGUCUCCAAAGUUUGCCUUUUCCAGAAUGUUAUGUAGUUGGAAUCACACAGUCUAUAGCCUUUUCAGACCAGCUUCUUUCAGUUAGCAAUAUGCAUUUAAGGUUCCUCCAUGUAGUUUUGUAACUUGAUAGCUCAUUU